AUGAGCAUCUCCGCCUUGCAUCUGCUUGCAUCGUCUUCAUCUCGGCGAGCCCACGCUCCCGCCUGCCACCAAGCUCCUCCCCGACGUUCCGCGGCCGUCUGCCGCCCAGAGGUCGACGUGGACCAACUCUUGAACCCUCGUGCCCUCUCGGUUGACGUCUCCGACGGCCCAAGCUCUCCGCAAGCCUCUCGGAGCUCCUCUGAUACGUCGUCCUCGGCACUCAAUAUCAGCACUCUCUCUGCCCCCGGCCCCAUCGACAGCCCUGCCAGAGCACCGGCCACUGCUACGAAUAUAGCGUCUUCAACGCCAGGCCGAGCUCCCUCGACUUUGCUCCAGUCUCCCUCUCAGGUUCUAGGCCGACGAAGACGACUGUCCUCAGACCACCAGCCAGAGGACGAGCCUCAUAAUACCCUUCCUGCUGCAGACGCUAGGUCUGCCGCUGCGGACGCAACUGCUGGGAGGCCGCUGAAGCGAAGGCGGCGCGGCGGCGCAGGCACAAACAUGCUGUCCGACGGGGAUGUGGCCGGAUCACCGAAUGGGUCCGGCAUCGCUCAGUCAAACGGCUCCUUUACUACACCCACAUCGCAGCGGGAUGCGGCGUCUUCCAUGGCAACCAACGGCAGCCGCAAGUCAGGUGUCGUGACCAACGGAUCGUCAAAUGGGGAGAGGCGCUCAUCAUCACAACCUACGACAUAUUUCGGCCAUAACCGAGAGGAAGUCACGCGAAUAUUGAUCCAGGCUUUGACGGAUAUGGGCUAUCAGGCGGCAGCUGAUAACAUUAGCCAGCAGAGCGGCUACAGCUUGGAGAGCCCCACGGUAGCAGCAUUCCGAUCGGCUGUGCUUGCCGGUUCGUGGGCAGAGGCCGAGGAGCUACUGAGGGGCGCAACAGUGGCAGAUGAGGCAAGCCAAGGUGGCAACGGUCUCGUUCUCACUUCUGGCUCUGACAAGGACGUCAUGCGAUUCUGGCUUAGGCAGCAAAAGUUUCUAGAGCUACUGGAACAAAAGGACACCACUCGAGCUUUGACGACGCUGCGGGGAGAGUUGACGCCCCUCUAUCACGAUACGAACAAACUUCAUUUCCUAUCAAGCUUGCUCAUGUGCCAGUCCACGGAAGAUUUAAUGCAAAAGGCCAACUGGGAUGGGGCACAACGCAUUUCACCAUCCGUAAUGCUGCCGGAGAACCGUCUAGCAGUACUCCUUGAUCAUGUCAAGCAGAGCCAGAUUAACACGUGUCUCUACCACACGGCGGCAUCGUCGCCUUCCCUGUAUUCGGAUCACCUUUGUGACCGACGAAAUUUUCCCUCUGAAUUUGCCCUGGAGCUAGGCGAUCUUGGGGGAGAGGUCUGGUCUGUCCGAUUUUCCCAUGACGGUACGCGCCUGGCGGCCUGUGGGAGUCGAGAACAUGUCAAAAUAUGGGAUACGCAAACCUUCGCCGUAACUCAUGUUCUCCCAAAUCACGGGAACGAAGGUGUUGGAGACAUUGCCUGGAGUCCCGACGACUCUAUGAUUAUAACUUGCUCUUUUGAUAAGUACGCUCGUCUGUGGGAUACAUCUACUGGAACCUUGAUCAAGACACUUAGAAAAUUUGCCGAGCCGGUGAGCGGCUGUGUAUGGGCGUCGAACAGUAGAUCGUUUGUUUUGGGAAGCCUAGAUAAGGCUCAUGGCCUGUGCACCUUUAACGUGUAUGACGACGAGAUUAUUGAAUGGAACAAAAAGCAUCGGGUGCAGGACCUCUGCGGUUCCCCCGAUGAGCGUCUGCUGGUGGCGGUGGAUGAUUUACAAAACAUUCACGUCUACGACGCCACCACGAGAGAACUUGAAUACGACUUGGAGCUAAAAGCGAGGCCAACCUCGGUCAGUAUCAGCCAAGAUUCGAAGCACCUGCUGGUAAACAAGCAGGACGGCGAGGCUCAGCUGAUUGACCUUGCCUCGAGGAAUUCGAUCCACAAGUUUCUCGGUCACACGGGUGGUGAAUUCUUGAUCCGCAGUGCGUUCGGCGGUGCCAAUGAGAGCUUCGUCAUGAGUGGGAGCGAAGAUGGCAACAUCCUCAUCUGGCACAAGAACAUAGGAGCCGCCGUUGAACGGUUGCCCGGCCAUCAACCGCGAUGCAACGCAGUAGUCUGGAACCCUGCGGAUCCAUGCAUGCUGGCGUCGUGUGGAGAUGAUGGCCGCAUCAAAAUCUGGACCAACAAGGCACGAAGCCGGGAUACCGACCCCGGUGCUCAAGUGUCGGUCCGGACCUCUCCCGCCGCCUGGGUCUCUGGAGUUUAUGGCGUUGAUGAUGAAUGGGCGGCCUUUGCCACUGCUGUAUCCUCCCGUGCCGAGAAGCUGAGCAGCAACGACCAUCUGCAGUCUUAG